AAAGAGCACAUUUAAGCUUUUUUCGCCGUGUAAGACUUGGCGGACGCGGGAAGUAAGAAGAAGAAAGUUUCUGCGAGUACGGAGGCGCAAGGAAAGAGACGGUGCUGGCGGCGAGAGGGCGGCGAAGGAGACGGGAGGGAGCGGACUGCCGGGUGUGUUUACGCUGGAGAGGUUUCGCUGGCGGAUCGGAGAGCCGAAGAUGUCGCUUUGGAUGAUUUUACCUGUAAGCCUGCCGGUCUUGACAAUCACUGGAAUAUGGGUCGUAUAUGCCAUGGCCCUGUACAACAGGCACGUGUGUCCUGUGGAUAACUGGGUGUAUAACCAGUCCUGUGAGGAGAAGCUGUCGCUGCAGAGGGGUCCUGUACUGUGUUGCACCUUGGACAAUGUGCCACUCAUCAGUAAGUGUGGUACCCUGCCUCCAGAGAGCUGCUUCUUCAGUCUCAUCUGCAGCACCGGCUCCUUCAUGGUGAUGGUGAUUGGUCUGCUGCGUUACGGCCAUGUCAUUGAGAAGCACCAGAACUGUGUGCUGAACACGGCAGGUCUCUCCACAGGCUGGAUCUGCGCUGCCGGGCUCAUUAUGGUGGGGAACUUCCAGGUGGACUACGCCAAGGUGCUGCACUAUGUGGGGGCGGGCGUGGCCUUCCCUACCAGCAUGCUGUUUGUGUGCCUGCAGUCAGCACUGACCUACCGGCUGGCCAAGACGCAGGCCGAGUACGGCGUGGGACACCUCCGCCUGGGCCUCACCCUGCUGGCCUUCGUCUCCCUCGUGCUCAGUGGUGUCUUCUUUGUUCAGGAGAGCUUUGUGCUGCAGCACGCCUCGGCCAUCUUCGAAUGGGUCUUCUGUGUCAUCAUCAUGCUCUUCUACGGGACGUUCGCCUUCGAGUUCGGGGAUGUGUCCAGUGACACCCUGAUGGUGCUUGCCAGGGGCGGGGGGGGUGGUGGAGGUGGGGGCGGCCUUUCGCGCAGUGGCAGGGGGCACAAGGUGGAGGGAAUCGGGGGGCCCGCCCACCUGCAGCACCAGCCCGAGAGCAUAGCCAUGCUGUAGCUGGACUAGCAGCAGGCCUUACCGCUCAGACACAGGAGCAGGGUGCCCCCUGGCCCGCUCGGGUUUGAACAUCGCUAAGAUGCCAAAGCCUUUAACUUUAUCCAAAGCCUUUUUCUUUCUGUCUUCUCAUUCCGUGACUAAGAAAGGAAUGCCAGUAUUCCGCUGCUGUUUUGCCACGUGUUUCCGAGCAUACAGCCAAAAGCGGUCCAGCGCUGUCCGACACUGAUGAUGUCACCAGAGUGCCGCCUGGAUGAUGUCAUCAGAUUGCUGAGGGACCGGGGGGCCAGGAGGUUGCUGGGAGCCCCAGCCCCAUCAUGCAUUUCUGCCCCAUAGGAUGGGGCCGAAGCCUUAAGUCUCAGCAGCCCAUGUGUACAAUGCACAUACACACACACACACACACACACAUGCAUG